AAUUUUCAUUCUGUAAUUUUAUCUCAUCAUUCAUCACAUGCUAAAUAUUUUUUCCCAGUUUCUCACUAAUUGAAUUAAUUACAUAUCAGUUACACCAAAUGUAAAGUCAGCCGUGUCUGCUUUUAUAAUCGUGGUAUGCUUUACUGGAGACUGAAAUUUACUAUAACUUAUACUAUAACUUUAUUUGUCGAGUAGCAAGAUUUUAAAAAUUGAGAUUGCAGCGAUUUGUAUCCAUUGUUUCUGCUGCUUGAUAUUCUCCGUACGUGAUUUUCAGAUCACUUAUUUUUUCUGUUAAAUUCCCUAAUUUGGAAUUAUCCGUGCUAGACUAGUAUGCUCUCGGAAGUCCAAAAUGAUUAAUUUGGUCAUAUUAAUUAUAUGAGAGGGUUAAAAAUUGAUAAGAUUAGUGAUGUAAUUUUGGUUUAGCAGUUAACAGGUUUAUAAGUUGGCAUAUAAUCAUGCUUGGAUACUACUCCUAUCAUUUUUAGCAAGAGAGCUAGACUGAAGCAUCUGGUCCAGUUGUCCAGAAAUUAAGAUACUAGUUUGUGAUUUUGCUCUAUGCUGGAAUAGAGGCAAGAAGGAUCUACAUUUGCAAUCAACUUUUUUCUCUGAAGACAUGAUAUAAGAAUAAAUGACAAAUUUGAUAACCUAAAAACUCCGUAAUCAACUUUGAUCUCUUAAAGCAUGAUAAAUAAAUAAAAAGGGCAAAAGUCUAGAUAAAAUGGAAAGGCUAAUCUUACUGUUCUAUAAACUUUUGACAUAAAGCAUGUUAUGCUUCAGGCAUGCAGCAAACUACUUAUUUCUUAAUGCUGACUUCCAAUUUAUCAACGCUUCGUCUGCUUGGUUUGCUAUUCUUUUUUUUUUUUUUGGUUUCUCACCGGUGUCCGCUAUUUGCUGUAUUUUACGAUGCUGAUACUAUUUUUCUGGUUUCUGUUGUUGUUACGGAUCUAUUAUAUUUGAGCCGAGGGUCUCCCGGAAACUGCCUCUCUAUCCCUUCGCGAUAGGGGUAAGGUUUGCGUACACGCUACUCUCCCCAGACCUCACUAGUAGGAUUCUACUGGGUUAUUGUUGUUGUUGUCACCGGUAUCCGCUACCCAUAUUGGGCCUGACUAAUUCGGAUUCGCCACUUAAGAUCCAUCAAAUGGGUGAGGCGCUCCGUAGCAGCAUUUUUUUUUCAUUCCUAGGGUUCAAACCCGAGACCUUUGGUUAAGGUGGAGGGAUCCUAUCCAUCCCACUGCAACCCUUGGUGAUUUUAAUUCUCAACAGCUAGGGGUGAAACCAGGCUGAAGAGGGGGGCUGGAAAUAGUUCUCAACCAGCUAUAGACGCACCUCGGUUAGAAUCUCACUAGCUGCGUCAUUUCCCCAAGCACAAAGAUCAACUUGCUCUGCUAUUUCAUAAGAUGGCUGAUGUUUUAGUUUGCUGUAUGUUAUAUUGUUAUUGUUUUGUGAUGUUCCUGACAAAUGGUUUGGAACUUUCUAAUUCUCAAAUUGGGUCCAGGUACAUUUGUUCUUGCCAGGCUAGAGGAAUUCCUCCUAAUAAACAAGUUCUGUCAGCUCUUUUCAAGGCCAGGUUGAAGAAAGCCCGCCAUGAGGUGUCUAGCUUAGUGAUUUUGCUGGAUGACAUCCAGGAUGCUGAUUUCCACCCACUGCUCGAUUUGUUGAUGGAAGUUGAUGUUUCUGAGAUUGAUGCAGUAGAUAUUAUAAAUAGAUCUGUAUGCACCCUGAGUUGGGAGUAUCUUCUUACUUUGCUGCGUGCUAGCAGUAGAAAGCUACGAGUUGUUGAUCUCCAGGAUAUAUUGUUUGGCAAGGACUUCUUGCUGGAUCUUGCUCAACGAGGCUUACCAUGCCAAGUGCUAAAUCUGAGGUCCUCCCAUUUCCGAAAGCUCACCAUGGUUGGGAAUUUUAUGCGGAUGCACACCCUUAAUUUGGAUUCCAGUGCAUCACUUACUAACUUCCGUGAGGAGUGUUUUACCUGUAUGCCAAAUUUGAAGUUCCUCUCAUUGUGUGAGACAAGAAUCACUAAUUUAUGGACUACCACUGCUGCACUUGCAAAACUCCCUUCCUUAGUUGAAUUGCGCUUUCAGAAUUUUUUACAAGAUGAUGAAGGACACAAACAUCCUGCAUCAGAUAGAAGGGAUGACUACUGGGAUUCAGAUCAUACAGAGAUUAGUAUUCAUGAUGAAGCGCCAUCAGUUAGUGGUGAAAGUAUCAUGUAUAGGCAUUUUAAUGAAGAACAAUAUUUGAAUAAUACUGAUAUGAAUAUUGAUAGGAGUAGUGAAGAUUCAUCUGAUGACAGUGAAGUGGAUUUUUCAAGUCAGGAUCGUGAAACGAGUUCCAUGGAACUCUUGCCUGAUGCACCUCCUGGUUGGGAGGAUCUGGUUAAUCUGCAAAAUGAGGUUUCUUUUGGCACGUUAGAUAUGCAGGAUGACGAAGAACCCUUCUUCCGUUUAUCUGACUCACGACUGUCAUACAUUGCUCCAAAGAAGUGUAUAUCUCAUAAUCCUUCACCAAUAUGCUUUGAAAAAUUCUACCGAGAGUACAUGAUAGUUUCACUGCCAAACCUGAAAAUUCUUGAUAACUUGCCUAUUAGGAAGGUUGACAGAGAAAAGGCCGAAGUGAUCUUCUCACAAAAUUUUGAGUACCUACCAUAUAAGAGGAAGAAUAAGGAGAGUGUUGUCAGCAUUCUGCAAAAGCGUGAGACUAGAGCAAACCAUGCUCGCAGGCUCUUUCCUAGGCGAAAGUCGCAAUACUUUUAUUCUAGGUCAUUGUCUGCUGCCAAAGUUGGUUCUGCUGCUUGGCCUGCCCUUUGUCCUCUCUCUAUCAUUGACACCACAGCAAGAGAUGGUAGAAGAAGCUAUCGACCACGCCAAUUUGAGUAUCAUCCAUCUGAUGCAAGCCUUAUGGUUUUUGGAACAUUGGAUGGUGAAGUGAUUGUUAUAAACCAUGAGAGUGGAAAAAUUGUCAGUUACAUUCCCUCACUUGGAACAAUGAACAGUGUUCUGGGUUUAUGCUGGCUAAAAAAUUAUCCCUCCAAGGUCAUUGCUGGUUCUGAUAAUGGUUCACUUAGAUUGUAUGACAUCCGGUUGAUGCCUCCAACAGCCACAGGCAGCCAUCAGAGUGCAGGUUCAAUUAUGUUUGAUGACUUUGACCAGUUAACAUCUGUUCAUGUCAACUCUACCGAUGAGUUAUUUCUUGCGAGUGGAUACUCAAAACAUGUUGCUCUGUACGACAUUAGCAGUGGCAGAUGCUUGCAGGUGUUUGAUGAUAUGCACCGAGAACAUAUUAAUGUCGUUAAAUUUUCACACCACUCUCCAUCUAUUUUUGCCACUUCAUCAUUUGAUCGGGAUGUUAAGAUGUGGGAUUUAAGACAGAAACCAAACCAGCCUUGCUAUACUGCUUUAAGUUCUCGAGGGAAUGUGAUGGUUUGCUUUUCCCCUGAUGACCAAUAUCUUCUUGUUUCGGCUGUUGACAACGAGGUGAAACAAUUGUUAGCUGUUGAUGGGAGGCUCCAUCUAGAUUUUAGUAUAACUUCAACAGGGAGCUCUCAGAAUUACACUCGCUCUUAUUACAUGAAUGGAAGGGAUUAUGUCAUCAGCGGAAGCUGUGAUGAACAUGUAGUCCGCAUCUGCUGUGCUCAAACGGGUAGGCGGCUUAGAGAUGUAUCAUUGGAGGGAAAAGGUUCAGGAGCUUCAAUGUUUGUCCAAUCAUUAAGAGGGGAUCCUUUCAGAGAUUUUAGCAUGAGCGUCUUGGCAGCCUAUAUACGUCCGAGUUCAAACUCAGAAAUUGUUAAGGUAAAUCUGCUGGUAUCAAGUGACCAAGACAAAGGAUACUCGUACACUCGGCAUCAUCCAUUAUUUAGCAGCGGAGGCUGAUCUUUCCACAGUCACAUUACAUGCUACAUAUAGUUCUUAUGGACUCGUUGAGAAUGAUUCUGAUCUACUUCAUGGCCUAUUAGAAGUAGAAGGCGCUUUGGUCUGGGCUUCGGUCACCGGCUCCCCUAUCAUCAUGUCACCAACUUCCUUGACCUUCCAUCACUGGGCAGGCAUCAGCCCCUGGUCCUGGUGAAGUCAAUACCAGAGACAAGCUGUUUGGCAGGCAACCAACUGAAGAAGGUACUUAAUGAUUUCUGCAUGUUCAGUAUGUACCUGUAGUCUUUGUAGAUGCACUGUAGACUAGAUAGGUAUUAACUAAAUGAAAUGGAAGUAGGAGUGCAACAGAAUUAGAAUGUAGGUUGCUUCAUCUUAUCUGUAAUUCUAUUUGAGCAACCUCGUGUAUGAUGUAACAUUUGUAUGAAGUAUAGUGCCUGAUUAGAUACAUUACUGAAGUGUCUGCUUCUCUGAUGUUCUCUCAUCUUGUACAUACACCAAAUAUUGUAUAGACUAGCAUUUUGAGCUGUUGAUGAUGGUUUCAGUUCUGUACCCA